CGACACAAAUACCAACGGCAAGGCCAGCGAAACGAGAGCAGCAACACAGGCAUAACAGAACACAACACAACACAACACAACACAACAUAGCAUGACCUUCGUCCUUUCUCGACCCCAAGAGGACAAUAUUCUUUGUACCGCGGAACACGAACAGGAAAUGGUUGGACUCGUUGCAAACCUCGGCGGCAACCGCAACGCAAUGACCAACCGGGGCGGCGGAAGUGGCCAGAGCACCGGGGGCAGCAACGCCAACAGCCACAACGCCAACGUGAACGCCAACGCGAACCAGCAACACGGCCACACACCCAACCCCUACUCCGUUGCGCCAACCCUCGCCCUCUACCGCACCCGCACCCGGAGCCGCCCCGAGCACCGGAGGGGGAAACCCCACGAAGUCCUGGCGCUCAUGAGAACCCUCAAACACCGCCCCUGGUGCGCGGUGGCGCUGGUGGUGGGGCUGCUGGCGACCGUCGCCUUUGUCCCGGCGCUGCUCUCKCCGGCAGCGGCACCGGCACCGGCGGCCCCCCAAGGCGGAGGCACCGCCGGAAGCAUCCCCCCGCACAAACCCGGGCCCACCGGGGCCGGCCGGGGCCCUUCGUUGCUCGCGCGAAGGGAGGGGUCGGUCCGGCUGGGCCGCGGCGGUGGCGGCCGCUCGAUCGGGUACACCCACCAACCGGCAAGCACGAAACACAAAGACAAAGACGACCAGCACCAGCACCAGCACCAGCACCAUUUGGUCCUCCUGCACGGGGCGGCCUUUUCCAGGGCCGACUGGGACUCGUUCGGGAUCCUGGACCUCUUCCGGAAGAAGCACCCCUGGCUGGCCGUGACGGCCCUGGACCUCCCCGUCUCGGCGGGGUACGCCGACCUUUUCGAGGUCCUGGACCUGCUGGCCAAGACGGAGGCAGACGCAGACACGGACGGGGGAGAGGGAGCRGGACCCGUCCUCCGGUCCCUCCCGGUCUCGGCACUGGUCACCCCGUCGGCCUCGGGCAGGACGGUUACCAGCUGGAUCCAAUCGGUGUCGUCGGAUUCGUCGUCGGAUUCGUCGAACGGCGGAGAGAAAGCAGAGRCGCCCACCGACUAUUUCCGCCUCUGGAUCCCCGUGGCGUGCUACUCGGUCCAGAAGUGCACCAAAGGCCAGCUGGAGGGGGCGCUGGCGGAAGGGAAUGGCCCCCUCCGAGGGGACACGGAGGCCCUGCGCGUCCUGGCCAUCUACGGAGACAAGGACCCCAAGGGGAAGACCGUCUCGGAGAAGCUCGGGGAGAGCCUCCCCCGUUCGACCGUCCUGGAGCUCCCCGGUGGCCACCCGGUGUACAGGGACAGCCCCGACGCCUUUGUGGACGCGGUGGCGGCCGAGGUCGCGGGGCUGCCCUGACCGAGGCGCGGGGCGGAGCGGAGCGGGAGCGGGCACUGGUACGGGCCUCGAGCCGAACGGAACGAAACGAAACGAAACGAAACGGAAUAUGCCGGUGCGGAAGGAAUCGACUGCAAGGGAAGACGCAACAACAGCAACGACAACUACACAAUGAAACGAAGGAAAAUCG